CUCGUAUCAUUCGCCUCUGGCGGUCCGCGACGUGUUGGUCGAGUGUGUGUCAAUUCGUUGCGACUUGUUGUACCGCGAAUAAUCCGGCCGAUUUAGCUUAUCGAGUAAGUCAUCAUGUCACUAACGAACAGCGAUCACGAGAAAAGGAAGCAGAUCUCCGUGCGCGGCAUCGUCGACGUCGAGAAUGUCGCGAAUUUCAAGAAGACCUUCAACAGGCAUCUCCACUACACCCUGGUGAAAGAUCGCAACGUCGCCACGAGCCGCGAUUACUUCUUCGCCCUAGCCCAUAGCGUCAAGGACAAUCUCGUGUCGCGAUGGAUUCGCACUCAGCAGCACUAUUACGAGAAAGAUCCCAAGAGAGUAUAUUAUCUCUCCUUGGAAUAUUAUAUGGGCAGAUCGCUGCAAAAUACAAUGAUUAAUCUAGGAAUACAAGGAGCGUGUGACGAAGCUAUGUAUCAGAUGGGUCUGGAUAUAGAAGAACUGGAAGAGCUUGAAGAAGACGCUGGACUCGGUAACGGAGGAUUAGGUCGUCUAGCUGCCUGCUUUUUAGAUAGCAUGGCUACGUUGGGUUUGGCCGCUUAUGGUUACGGAAUACGCUAUGAAUAUGGUAUAUUUGCACAAAAAAUAAAACAUGGUGAGCAAGUAGAAGAGCCAGAUGACUGGCUUAGAUACGGCAAUCCCUGGGAAAAAGCUCGACCAGAAUUUAUGUUACCUGUGAACUUUUACGGUCACGUGAUUGACACUCCUGAAGGCAAAAAAUGGGUGAAUACGCAGGUCGUUUUUGCUAUGCCUUACGAUAGUCCAAUUCCUGGUUACAAAAAUAAUGUUGUUAAUACAUUAAGGCUGUGGUCCGCAAAAUCACCGAUAGAAUUUAAUUUGAAGUUCUUCAACGACGGUGACUACAUACAAGCUGUGAUUGAUCGUAAUCUGGCAGAGAAUAUCUCCAGAGUGCUUUACCCCAACGACAACUUCUUCGAGGGCAAGGAGCUCAGAUUGAAGCAGGAAUAUUUCAUGGUAGCUGCUACUCUUCAGGACAUCAUUCGAAGAUACAAGUCCAGCAAAUUCGGCUCGCGGGAGCAUCAUAGAACCGACUUCGACGCCUUCCCCGAUAAAGUGGCGAUUCAACUCAAUGACACGCAUCCCUCCUUAGCUAUUCCCGAGCUGAUGAGAAUUCUUAUUGACGUUGAAGGACUCACUUGGGAGAAGGCUUGGGAUAUUACAACGCGCACGUGUGCCUACACAAAUCACACGGUUCUUCCCGAAGCAUUGGAGCGAUGGCCUACUAGCAUGUUGGAGAGCAUUCUUCCGAGACAUUUGCAGAUCAUUUAUCAUAUAAACCACCUGCAUCUUGAACAAGUCGCAGCCAAGUGGCCCGAAAACAUGGAUCGCCUUCGUGAAAUGUCCUUGGUAGAAGAAGAAGGCGAAAAGAGAGUCAACAUGGCUCAUCUGUCGAUCGUCGGCAGUCAUGCUAUAAACGGAGUUGCUCGUAUUCAUUCAGAAAUUCUUAAAGAUAGUGUCUUCAGGAACUUUUACGAAUUGACACCAGAGAAAUUUCAAAACAAAACAAACGGCAUUACGCCGAGAAGAUGGCUGUUACUGUGCAAUCCAAAUUUGUCAGAUAUCAUCGAAGAAAAAAUCGGUAGCGAAUGGUCAGUCCAUUUGGACCAGUUGACGCAAGUGAAGCAAUGGGCGAAGGAUCCGGUGUUCCAACGUAACAUCGUUAAAGUCAAGCAGGAAAAUAAACUGCGAUUGGCCCAAUUAUUGGAGAAAGAGUAUGGCGUUCAGGUCAAUCCGGCAUCUAUCUUUGACAUCCAGGUGAAGCGCAUACACGAAUACAAACGACAAUUGUUGAACUGCUUGCACGUCAUCACUCUGUACAAUCGAAUAAAGAAGAAUCCGUCUGCUACUUUCGUUCCGAGAACCGUGAUGAUAGGUGGCAAAGCCGCGCCAGGUUAUCAUCUGGCGAAGAAAAUCAUCAAGCUUAUCUGCAGCGUCGCUAACGUCGUCAACAACGAUCCGAUAGUCGGCGAUAAACUCAAGCUGAUCUUCCUUGAAAAUUACCGGGUGACCUUGGCAGAAAAGAUUAUACCCGCCGCGGAUCUGAGCGAGCAGAUUUCGACUGCUGGCACCGAAGCGUCUGGCACUGGCAACAUGAAGUUUAUGUUGAACGGUGCAUUGACGAUCGGCACUUUGGAUGGAGCCAAUGUCGAAAUGGCGGAGGAAAUGGGCAACGAGAAUAUCUUUAUUUUUGGUAUGACGGUAGACGAAGUAGAGGCUUUGCAGAGAAAAGGCUACAACGCUUAUGAUUACUACAACAAGCUGCCGGAAGCGAAGCAGUGUAUUGAUCAAAUCCAAGGAGGAUUCUUCAGUCCGAAUAAUCCCGAUGAAUUUCGAGAUAUCGCUGAUGUGUUGCUCAAGUGGGACAGGUUCCUCUCUCUGGCUGAUUACGAGAGUUAUAUAAAAAUGCAAGAUCGUGUCAGCGAAGUUUAUCAGGACGAAAACAAGUGGGUGGAAAUGGCUAUUCACAACAUAGCGUCGUCGGGAAAAUUCUCGUCAGAUCGCACAAUUGCGGAAUAUGCGCGAGAGAUCUGGAAGGUUGAACCGUCCUGGCAGAAGCUGCCGGAUCCGCAUGAGCCUCGUGAUAUUUAAAUACAUUUUUUAUAUAAGGUGUUCCGAUACUCGUCCAUUUCUUUCCGCGAUUAAUAUUGUUCGGCCAUAAAUGACGAAACAAGCUUUAGGCAAUAAUUUUGGUACCGUCCAUGACGGCCACAAUCGCACAAACCAAUAGAGAUUAUCACGCGUGAAGACACGUGGUUAUCUCGCAAUAUUUUUUUCCAAGCAUGAAACCUCUUUAACGAUGAAUGAUUGCGCUUGCCUAAAUAUUUCGCACAUUUCGAGGUAUUUCUAGCAUUCUUUCGCAUCUCUCUGCAACGGCGAAUUUAGUUGAAAAGCGCGUCGUAUAAGAAAACUUCGUAUCUAAAUUUAAUAUCUUAACUUGUAAACUUAAUAUCUUAAUUAUAAAAUUUCUGAAUUGUAAUUUAUAAAUUUUUUUAUCGUUUUUGAUGAGCCACUAGCAAUAAUUCUUGAUAUAUGUACGAAUUUAUGAAAGCUUUUAAUGGCUCUUAAUGGCGAAAGAAUUUAAAGGUUUCACGUGAUGCCAAUUAUACGUGAUACUAUAAAUUUUCCUGCAUUAUGUCUUUCGUACGAUUGUAUUUCGAGUAUCUAUUUUGAACAUCGAAAACUAGUCUAGUCUUAAUCGUGUUCGAUAUAUUUCCGGCCGUGCGUUAUUCAUCUUAAAGUAGUUAAUACGAAUACUUUCUUUUUUAGAUGUAACAGAUUCUCACUCUUGACAAAAUGUUUUAUGAAAGAAAGAGAUUGUAUGGGUCAUACAUUAUCUUAUCAACCAGAAAGAUAUGCUCGUUCUUAUUAAUAAAUUAUCGACACUAAUUAUAUGGUGGCAUUAUGCUAAGUGCUACAAAUAUUUACAUGAUAUGUAAGUAAUAUGAUUAUAUAUUACAAAGAAAAUUGUAAUUUGUUGGAAAUAAAAUAUAUGGUUAA